GACACACGAAUCAUCAACAACCAUUUUACUUGGCAACAUGUAAAAGAAAUCUGGGUGUCGAACAUUUAUUUAUCUUUUUUGCUUUUGGUUUAUUUCUCUUUUGUUUACAUUUUUCGUUCGUAAUUUCCUCCACAUUUUUUCGCUGACACACAUCCAAUUAUUAUUUCGAUGAAAGAGUGCCCAGGACAGCGGUACGAACGAUUACAAUUUCCUGCAAGUUGUUGUUCUUUUGCUAUGUUCCAGUGACGAAAUUCAUGAUUUUUUAUCAAUGAGGAUCGCGAAUAUGGCCGAGACUGUUCUUCGUACCAGUUUACGAGCCCCAAACAUAGCGCAAUUGUCUCCUACGCCAUCGCUAAGUGUGUCAAAUACUUCGAUAACAAUAUCGAACACUUCUUACCCGUCGGGGACGCAGCCACUGGAGUCGCCAGCAUCGUCUUCUCAUUCACCGGGUAAUUCAACUCAGGCAGCUGCAGCCCAACGACUCCAACUAUUAAAGCAACGGAAAACGGAUCUGGAGAAAAUUCUUCUGGAAAAGAACAGUCUCCUGCAACAGUUGUGCCGUCAGGAGGCACAGAUCAUUGGCUGCUAUGACUUUGAAUCGACCGACGGUAAAUCGUCAACACUAAGACGUAAAGUGAACACGGCCUUUAAGUUGCCCGAAAAUUUACUGAAUGGCACCACAGACAAGGAAGAUGAAAUCAACAAAUUGCUGCUGGGGAAGCAGAUUCAACAGCAAAUUUCGGAGGCGUCGCUCAAAAUGGCAAAUGAUGCGUCCCAAACGAAGUCGAUACGGCGAACGCACAAGAAUAACUACGAGGCAGCCCAGCAGAAAUUGACUUCGAUCAAUCAGAGUCUGACGGCUCUGAAAAAGCGUCAAAAUUGUGAUGUGACCUCGACGGCUUAUCAGAAUCAGUUCAAACAAGCCUCGCCCAUUCUGAAGAACGUGAGCGACAGCAAAUAUGCGACGAACAACAACAAUUUUUUGCAUCCGACGAGCCAGGCCUCACCGACCCAAUUCAACAAUAAUUUCAUUGGCAGUGCCGUUAACUCACAUCAAUUGCUUAUGAAGGCGUACAGUGGCAAUAUAAGUCCCAACAUCAACAACAACAACCACCAUUCGAUGAUGCAACGGCGGAAUUCGUUGAUUUCGAACACAUCCUCGACUAAUCUUGAUGUAAUGCCCACGACGCCGACUAGUUCUCGACAUCAUCGACAGGAAACUGUAACCGCCCCAUACGAUUUUGCCGGUUAUCAUCAUGUCCACCACAAUGCCAGUGCUUCCAAUAACAACAAGGCAGACUUUUCGAUCCCAGACACUUCCACCAGUCCACACAAAUUGAAGAAGACCGCCUUGCUGGACAACGAUUACAAUUUGCAGCGAUACUCGCCGAUAUCAUGCGAAACCGAUACGUUCAACUACCACAAUCACUACAAUCAAUAUUCACCCGGUGAUAUCAUUACGACGGUGUCACCGGAAUUCCGAUCAUCGCCGCAGAUGAGUCGACUAAUGUUGUCCGGGCAGCAUGUCAAUCAACCGAGACAAUUACCAAUGAACCAUCGGUUGGAUAAUGCACCGCACACGCAACCAAUGAUGAUACAGGCUCAACGACAUCCGUACAAUCAACGGCUGGAUGUUGUUGUGGAUGAUUCUGCUAUGACUGAUCAAUUGAAUGGUAGACUGAUCUCGCCACCAAUCACUUCGAAAGGUACGCUAAUGGUACAUCAAGGAUUGGGUGGAUACUGGAUGACUUUGGACAACAACGAACGAGUCUGGUGCUCGGUAGACCGAUUUGCUAGCCUUGAUCGGAAAGGUCAGUCGUUAAAAUUGCGAAAGCAAGCGCCAGUCACUUUGCAAAAACAGCCGACCAUUUCCACGUCGCUCGGAAACAUCGAACACAUUUCGAAGCUGAACAUCGACGAAAAUGCCGACAGCUUGUCCAUAUCGUCAAUGAACAGUGAGCAAAAGAAAUUCAAGGAACGAGCAUGGAUCGAAACCUCUUUGGACUGUCCACCGCCCAGACCGAUUGACGAACGACAACGAAAACUUAUGACUCCGUCUCCGCCACCUCCGGUACUACAUCAACGCGAAAAGAAAAAGUUGUCGUCGCACUCAAUGCAUUCACCGGGUCGUAAUAAUUACCUGUAUGCGAGUCCAUCGAACUCAUUCUACAACGAGAAGCAAUUACAGCAGCAAAUCGGUCACAGUGCGUUAGAUAGAAACUUCAGCAACUCGGCCUUAACACUUGCACCGGCAGCUAAAUUGGUAACACACAAACCGUCGGAUUUCCAUCAUCAGACGAAACCGUUACCCAUCCCACCGAAACAACCUUAUCCAUUACCUUCGGCCGCGACAACCGCAUCGGUAUCUCAUCCAAAUCAACAUCGAGUAACGCAACAACAACAGCCAACAUCUCCGUCACGUCCACCACCACAGCAAAUGCAGAAGCAAUUACGACGAACAGCAUCGAGUGCAUCGUCAACAUCGACCAAUUUGCUGAUCAAUCCGACCAAUAUCGAAGUUGAAUCGCCCAAGAACAUGACUGUCGUUCAGCCGGCUAAAUUUCAGCCGUACAAAGAAGAGUCGAAGCCGUUCGAAAUGUCCGACUUUUACAAAUAUUCAACGAAAUUUCGGCAAAAGAAUAAUGGCAACGAUGUGACAGCCGACCCAUAACAUCAGUUGAAUCUAUAUUAAAUGACUGAGCAUACAUUCCAUUAGAGUCAACGCACAGAACCCACCCCAUUUCAGUAUAAUAAUCCGAGGCAAUAAAAAACAUUUUUCGUUAACGACCGUCGCCGGUUGGAUCAGAUCUAACGGCCGGUCGUUUUUUCUAUUUCUUUUUUUAUAUUUAGAAUAAUUUUGUGUUUAAGGGGCAGUGACGCUUUUAGCAGUGACAAAAUGAUGAGCGAACUCUUUAUCGAUAAUUUUCUCCAAUGAUAUGACUAUGAUGUAGAUGAUGAUAUUUAGCCCGUACUAAGGACAUUAUUAAACAGUAAAAUCAUCCACUUUGAAGUGUAUAUGAAAAUUAAGUGUUAAGGAUUCAACAUCACAAUAGACUAGACACGAUAUUGUUAAGUUAGAGAAUUUUUUUUUAUUAAAUCGUUUUUUUU